AUGGAUGCUUUUCUUUCCAGAAAAAAGCCAAAGCGAUCGGAGCCAGCGCAGAGGAAUCCGGAGCACCAUGUUCCUGAGAAAAUCAACCCCGACAGCGAAGAAUCAACCGAUAUCAAGCUGGCCAUCCUGAUCUCGCUUCACCCAGAGUUCAAACAAAGCGAUCUACUUGACAUCCUAGUCUCAUGCGAUGGCUCUGUCGAAGCUGCUUUAUCCUCGCUGUCAUCUAGUAAAUCAACAGAAAAUGUGAUUUUGAAGAAACGAGCCGCUCCGGGCUCAACUCUCGGGAUUCAAACUUCCUUGUCGUCCCACGUCCUAACAAGAUCCAAAGAUGGAUCUCUGGCACCGAUUAGAGAAGUGAAGCCUUUGGCCACUCAGAAAGGAAAGACUUUGCAUCUAUACGCGCCCGAGGACGUCGCUUCCAAUACUCCCUGUACGAUCAUCCACAAUUUCCUUCCUCCGAAUGAAGCAAAGGCUCUUCUGUCAGAGCUCCUAGAGGAGUCAAAGCACUUCUCUAGAUACGAAUUUCAGAUGUUCAGCCGCACAGUGCAAAGUCCCCACACAGCAUGCAUAUAUGUGUCCACCCCGGAGGAAUACAAACAGCAAACCUCAGAAUACACGUACGGUGGUACUUAUCGCUCAAACGUGCGACAAGUGACGCCAGAGUUGCGCUCAGUAUCGCGAAAAGUGCAGCAGAUCGUGAAUGAAGAAAUCCAAAAACGUAUCCAUAAUGUCUACCCGGACGGGAAGAAAUUGAAAUAUCAGUCAUCGAAGCAAUGGCGACCAAACGCAGCCUUUGUGAACUGCUACGAUGGACCUACUGAGAGUGUGGGAUAUCAUGCGGAUGAGCUAACCUACCUCGGACCACACCCGGUAAUAGGUAGCUUGAGUUUGGGCGUGGAACGAGAAUUCCGUGUUCGUCGGAUCGUCGCGCAGGGUGAAGAUGGGGAAGAUGGAUCUACGGAGACGCAUGAAGAUCAAAAAGCCAAAUCCUCCAAGACAUCCACUUCCCGUGCAGAUGCUCAGGGACAAAUUUCUAUUCAUCUCCCGCACAAUUCCCUUCUCAUAAUGCACGCUGAGAUGCAGGAAGAAUGGAAGCAUGCGAUAGCGCCUGCUCAAACAAUCUCCCCGCAUCCGAUUGCAGGUAACCGUCGCAUCAAUAUUACUUAUCGCUGGUAUCGUGAUACCCUCCACCCUCGAUUUACACCGCGAUGUCGCUGUGGAACACAUGCAAUCCUGCGAUGUUCACAGCGCAAGCAAGAAAAUCGGGGGAAAUACAUGUGGAUGUGCUACGCCGGAACCACCCCUGGGAAACAAAGUUGCACAUUUUUCCAGUGGGCGGAAUUCGACGACGAUGGCGAUCCAGUGUGGGACCGUAAGCAAUUGCAAAAUCAAGACGCAGCGCCGGCCUUGGCGAAUUUUUCGGCGUCUCAGUCAUCCCAAUAA